AUGACUUUGUUCCUCAGGGGGAGACCUUGGACUUUUUCGAUUUUUUCCACUACAUGCAUGAGAUGCGAAACAGAAGAAGAUCUACGUGAAGCAGCAACUGAAAUGCAAACACGUUUUGUUGUCUUUGACAACGGGGAGAGACAUUUCAGUGUUGCGGAGGAGCUGGUCCUGGCUCUACGAGAAGUCCAAGGUGUCAAGGAUGUGACAUGUCUUCAAGUAUCUGCCGCAUGGCUUCAUUGCGCACAGCUUUGGCAUCGAUGUUGCCAGGCAGAGUCAGAAGCUGUUGGACAAGUGGUUCGGCUGUUGAACAAGUCACAGGUGCCAUUCUCGCACCUGAAGCGCAUGGCGAUUCCAAGUUUGGACGCUUUGUGGCAACGAGCAUGGACUCUUUUGCCGCACACGACUGCAGAACCUCAUCUUCCUGGAGUCUUCUUGUGCGACAUUUUGGCCUGUGAGUGUGAGCUCCCUUCGGCCACAGCCAUGCGAGCACUUCAUCAUUUCUUGCUCCGCUUGGCUUUUCGAGAGGGGGCGGAGCUCAUGUGGACGAGCGCCACAGGUGCGGGAUUGCUUGAUCGUUCUGGUCUGCAGGAAGGCUUGCUGCUGAAAACAAGUGCUGGGCCCGUUUUCUUGCAGCUGCGCAUUUUGCUCUCACCCGGUGUAGAUGCCAAUGCGCUGGACUUUUUCAAGACUUUGGAGAUUGGAGGCUUUUUACCGCUUCAAUUCCGCUCUCUAUGGGUGAGGUGGUUGCAGCUUGAGCUCUCAUUACGGAGAGCAGUGAAAUCCAAGAGUUCUAGCGCACUCAAGGCUGCCAUAGACCAAGCAUGCCAGGAGCUUGAGAAGGAUGAGCUCAAGGCUUUUGCGGGAGCAUGGCUGGACCGGAUAGAGGAGCUCUCGAAGCUCUUGAAGCAUUGGCUGAAAAAUGAGAGAAGGGCUGAAGAGGAUCUUGCUGAUGACCUGGAAUAUCGAGCAGACAUGGCUGAAAUGGGUCUGGCCCCGCAGCAGUGCUGGAUCGACGUCGCUCAGUUAGCGGAAAACCGUUUGAUGUAUUGGCGUCAGAAGAUGGAGAUUGCAGCCUAA